AUGAGUUUCAGUUCAGAUCAUUACCUUUCUUCCUCGUACAGAAAAAUCUUUGGAGAUUCUCCUAGGUUUUCAUCCAGUCGCUUAGGAAGCAGCUCAUCCUCCAAGACCACUAUCUCUGGUGGAUACAGAGCUCAGUCCAGGGGCAAUGUAUCUUCAGGGUCUUCUUACAGAAGGUCAGCGAGGGGUCUUGGCCAUGUAUCUGGAGAAAACGUAGACCUGUCUCAGGCUUCGGCAAUGAACAGUGAGUACAAAAUUGUUCGUACAAAUGAAAAAGAACAACUUCAAGGACUCAAUGACAGGUUUGCCAUGUUCAUUGAGAAAGUGCACAAUUUGGAACAGCAGAACAAAGUGUUGGAGACGGAGCUUCUAGCUUACAGGCAGAGGCAAUCUGAACCCUCCAGGCUGGGAGAACUGUACCAGCAAGAGCUUAAAGAUCUGAGAGCUCAGCUAGAAGAUGUGAAUGCAGACAAGAGUCAGCUCAUUAUAGAGAGGGACACCCUAGAAGAUGAUCUGCAAAAACUAAAAGGAAAAUAUGAAGACGAGAUCCGAAUGAGAGAGGAGACAGAAUAUGCACUCAAAGCCCAUAAGAAGGAUGUGGAUGAUGCUACCCUUGCCCGGCUUGACCUGGAAAAGAAGGUGGAAUCUCUCUUAGAUGAAAUAUCUUUUAUGAGGAAGGUUCAUGAGGAAGAAGUGAACGAGCUGCUUGCCAUGAUCCAAGCAUCCCAGGUUUCCGUGGAGAUGGAGAUGACCAAGCCUGACUUGACAUCAGCACUGAAAGAGAUUCGAUCCCAGUACGAGAGCCUAGCUGCUAAGAAUUUACAAUCUGCCGAUGAAUGGUACAAAUCUAAAUAUGCCAAUUUGAGCGAGCAGGCAACCCGAAGCACUGAGCUCAUCAGAGCCAACCGAGAGGAAAUGAAUGAUUACCGGAGACAGCUACAAUCCAGGACCAUUGAGAUAGAGAGUCUUCGCAGUACCAAUGAGUCUCUGGAAAGGCAGAUUCAGGACAUGGAGGAGAGGCACAUAGCAGAGAGCACUGGGCUCCAGGAUGCAAUAAGUCAGCUGGAAAAUGACCUAAGGAAUACAAAAGGGGAAAUGUCCCGUCAUCUGAGAGAAUAUCAAGAUUUGCUUAAUGUCAAAAUGGCACUGGAUAUUGAGAUAGCAGCGUAUAGGAAACUGCUGGAGGGUGAAGAGACGAGGUUUAGCUCCGCAAUAAGCAUUAUGCCUCCAAAUCCAACUCCGCCUCCGAGUUACUCCUAUCAAUCUCGAAUUCACAGCUCAUCUUCAUCUAAAAUUCUACCUGCAAAAAGAGAUGAGAAAGACGGAGUCUCUAAAGUAGUUUCUAAGUCCUCUCAUCCUAUAGGAGAGACAUAUGAAGAAAUAAUUGAGGAAACUGUUGUGUCAACCAAAAGAGUAGACAAACCAGAGCAGAAUGAGGGAGCUAAUAUCAAACCUUAAAACAAAACAAAACUUAUCAGUAAGUAGGAUAGUAUUAGUUAGGUUAUUCUCUUGUUCCUAUAAACCCAGCAUAACUUUUUUCCAGAAAAGCACAUUCGUGUUUAUCAAGCACAACAUUCCAUUUGCUGUUAGCUUUUAUCCUAAUCUACUGUUAACAUUCUUAAUUCUCUUAGUCAUGUAAUAAAUCCUAUAGGGGUUUGGUGCUUUAGAUGAAUGUGACUAUUUAUAUUGAUUCUAGCAAUAAAUAAGUCUAUAGUCAGACAAAACACUUAAAAACUGAAUAAUAGUCAUCUGCAUGAUAACAUCUCUUAUGUAGAUUGUCACCUAGAAUCUCGUAGUAAAUCAUAACUCUACUAAUAAGAUAUUAUCUAGAAUGCAUUCUACCAGCACUGCACUUAGUCCUUGGUUGUUGAACUUACAUUUUCAGAAUGAGUAAACAGCAUACUGUAUUUGUUGACAAGGGGACCACUUUCACUUUACAGCACAAUGAGGUUACAAAUUAUCAGCUCAAAUUUUCAUUUUGAAUAUUCAUAUAGUAUCUUGCUGUAUGUGUGUACUCAUCCCACAAUGUGAUCACGUUUACAAAAGGGGAAAUAUUUACUGUUCAUACAAUCUGGUGUACACUUUUGAUGCCUCGGUAAAACCAGCAAUUGGGACAUUAAUUCUUGAACUUUUUAAUUACUUUCUAAUUAAAUAAGUAUGCUACAGAAAAGCAUUAACGUUUUGGCAUAUAUCAAAAAAAUGUUUGUGUGUGUGUGUUUUGUGAUUAACUUUCCACAAUAUUCAGGCAGCUUAUUGGUUAUCAGCACAAUUACUGCUCGUUCUGGAAUGCAGAAACGCCUCUGUCUUUGUUCACAAAUUGGUGGUGCUGUAUCAUUUAAUGUAUAAACACUAGUAAGUAAUUUUAUAUGCAAAUAUACUUGUAUAUUAUUUAAACUAGAAGCACUGCAAACACUUAGUAAUGCACAAUGAAAUGAUGUCUGUAAGUUACUAUCUGCCUUGGAGGAUAUAGAGGUCAGUUAUAGGCACUGCAUGACACCAAAGAGAAGUUAUAGAAAAUAAAAAGGUGCCUAAAUAAACAAGUACAUUUCUACUGACAGGUGUGCCAAGCAUUGGAUACGAUUUUGUACUGUGUCCUUUAAAGCCUUAUUACCAGCUACAUCUUUACAUAAUUGAAAUUGUUGUUAUCAGAUAGGGUGCUGCAUUUGUUUAGGGUAAUACAAAGCAUCAUUGUCAACGUAUGGCUGAACCAUUGAUGUGGAACGAGGCCCUGCCAUAACAUGCAAUAAAAUGAAAUAAAAUCAUAGCAUCACUAA